UUUAAGCUUUUCAAAACCUCGCCUAUUUAUACACGUGUCGAAUUCUCUUCACAACAACCACCUACGCGCGUCCACUGCCCCUUCUCUGCAACAAACAUGAAGCGUUCUGUCAUUUUCGGCUCCGUUGUGGCCGCUCUUGCUGUCGGCUACGCGUUUUACUUCGAUUACAAGCGCAGAAAUGAUCCCCAGUUCCGUAAGAAGCUGAAACGCAGAUACAAGAAGGUCCAAGAGGUUGCCGAAUCGCAAAAACUCGCUGAACAAAAGUUGUUUGAGGAGAAGGUCGAAAAGGCCCUUGAACUCGUCAAAAUCACACCUCUUCCUAGCUCUGCUGAAGAAAAAGAACUGUUUUUCAUGCAACAAGUGGCUCGUGGUGAGCAACUGUUUCAAAAGCAGCCUGACGGCGACAACAUCGAGUCUGCUGUCUGCUUCUACUCCGCUCUUAAGGUCUAUCCCCAGCCCAACGAGCUGUUCUCCAUCUAUGAAAGAACUAUUCCUGAACCCAUCAUGAAUCUCUUGCGUGCCAUGCAAACAAAGGAGACAACUCCCACUGUUGAGUAAAUUGGGCAAAGCUUAUGGUUGCCCGAAACGGAAUUGGGUCAAAAAAACAGUUAGAUCGGCACUUUUCAAUGAAUCGUCUAUACUCUCACAUACACUGUUUAGAAAAAUUACGGUUGCGAAGAUGAUUCUUU